AAUUUGGAUCAAUAAAAUUUACUGUUGCUUUCUUCUUCAUCUUUCUUUUGGCUUUCACAUGGUAUCAGAGCUUCCGCGACAGAAGAUCUUCACCGAUUGAUUCGAUCAUCUAAAGCUUUCGAUCGACAUCAAUGGCGGAAUUAAAUAACGAAGAGCAUAGAAGCACAGUUCUCGAUCCUUAUGGGCUUACUGGACAAGAUAAUCCCGGUUUAGCCCUAACUACAUCCAAAUUCACAGGAGCCAAUUUCUUCGCCUGGAAGAAGACUAUCACCAUGGCGCUGGGAGCUAAAUCCAAACUAGGAUUCAUAGAUGGACCAUGUGCUAAACCUAGAGCUACAGACACUAAUUAUCAGCGCUGGAUCAGGACGGAUUCUAUGGUGACUUGCUGGAUUCUCAAUUCCAUGGUGCCAGAGUUAUCAGAUUCCUUCCUCUAUGUCAAUUCAGCUGAAGAAUUAUGGUCUGAGCUUGUUGAAAGGUAUGGACAUACUAAUGCUCCUCUCAUAUAUCAGACACAAAAGGAGCUUAAUGAAAUUCAUCAAGGUAGCAUGUCUGUUUCUGCCUAUUUCACAAAGCUCAAGAAAUAUUGGGAGACUUUGCAAGAACUUAAUAACUUUCCUUCAUGUGAAUGUGGAAAAAUGAAGGAAUGCUGUUGUGAAUACAUGGAAAAACUAACUGCGAUAGAGAACAGGAAUAAAUUGAUGCAAUUCCUGAUGAAACUUAAUGAUGAUUAUGAGGGAGUUUGUGGUCAGAUGCUGGGAACAGAGCCUCUGCCUACCUUGAGCAGAGCAUUCUACAUAAUCCAACAAAUUGAAACACAGAGGAAUGUCACUCGCAAUAUUCCAGAAUCAGGAGCCUUCUUUGCCAAUGAUGAAGGUGGCAGAAUGUCAUCACUCAAAGACAGGAGGGAGGAUAAAAGGUUCAAGACAGGUGACCGGAAAUAUUGCAAACACUGUAAAAGUGAAGGACACCUCUAUGAGCAAUAUUUUGAAAGGAUAGGCUACCCUGACUGGUACAAAGGAAAGAAGAAUAAGAAAUUUGGAAACACAAAAUUGGCAGCUCAUGUCAAUUUAAGUGAAAGGAUGGAGGAAUCAUCUCUGGAAUCUCCAUUUGAACUCAAUGGGAAUCAGAAUCACAAGCAACAGAUAGAUCAGGAGUUGGUUUCUGUCAUUUGCCAUUUAUGGGAAUCAGAAUUACAAGCAACAGAUAGAUCAGGAGUUGGUUUCUGUCAUUUGCCAAGAAGUGAUGAGGAUGUUUAAAGGAAAAGCUGGACAAGGAGAGUUUCAUGAGGCCAACAUGGCUUCCACUAGCUUCUCAGGCCUGAGAAGUUGUAAAUAUUUGGCCAGAAGAAAUUAAUUGAAUUGGG